AGUACGAUUCAGACUGGGAAUUGCAAUUGCGAUUAUUGCUGGAGCCAUGGCGGCGAGAGCGAACUACCGGGCAUCAGUCCAGUUCCCGAACGCUCACAGCGACGGCAUCUGGAGCACAUUUUGGACGUCCAAUGACAAGAUUUUGACUGGAUCCGUGGACGAAGUCGCCAAGUCUUGGGACGUGACGGAGGAUGCCGUGUCCAUCUCGCAGCAAUACCCAGGCCACGUCCUGGGCACGAUCUCCAUCGUGGGCAAUAAGGCUGGAACACACGCCGUCACCAGUUCGUUGGACUGCCAAAUCCGCGUCCUUAAUCUCACGUCUGGCGCCGUGGAGAAGACUAUCGAUGCUGGACCUGGCGAACUCUGGCAAGUGGCCUAUAGCCCCGACGAAACGAAGCUCGUGUCGGGCAGCCAGCAGGGCAAGAUCAACUUCUUUGAUAUCAAGGCGGAGAAGAUCGUGCAGGAAAUUUCGACGCAGGCUAAAUUUGUGCUCAGCGUUGCCUACUCCCCAGAUGGCAAACACGUUGCGUGCGGCGGAUUCGAUGGCUUUGUCGGCGUGUAUGACGUCGAGACUGGCUCGCUGGUCCACAAAUACGAAGACCGCACGAAGCCUGUACGCUCUGUGGCGUACUCGUCCGAUGGGAAGCUGUUCGCUGCAUCCGAUGACAUGCACGUGAAUGUCUACGAUGUGACUCACGACAAUGCCGUUGCCACUCUGUCUGGUCACGUCUCAUGGGUGUUGAGCGUUGCCUGUUCUCCUGAUGGCACGCAGUUCGCUACUGGUGGUGCUGACCGCCGCGUGAAGAUUUGGGACAUCGGCACACGACGCUGCUUGACUACUUUCGAUACGCACACAGACCAGGUAUGGAGUGUUGCGUACAACUCGACAGGAACGCGGCUAGUAUCGGGCGGUGAUGAUGCGCUACUGCAAGUGUACGAGACUGCUACAUCCACCUAAAGUCUCCUCCAUUACAUUUUGGAGGGCUUGACGGUGGAAUGUGCCUUUGAUCUGGUAGAAUGGACCUUCAAUUGGAUGACUGGGACUCGGUAUUGUGUGAUAUAGAGUCAAUGGAUUCUGGUUCUUGGGAUAGCCAUGAUAGACUCAGUAUGUCUGCGAGGGUGAUUCUUUCCUUUGGAUUCUUGUCGAGCAUUCUAGAAGUGAGAGAUUGUAGUCGUGGUGACACGUGCUGCCAUAUUUUCUCCUCGAAACUAAUAUCACCGAUCAUAUUGCGCGCCAGGAGUUGGUAGGGAUCUGCACCUGAAAAUGGUAUUGAACCAGAUAGCAUGUGAUACAAAACGAUCCCAGCACCGUAGACGUCAGCCUCCGGUCCGCAAUAACCAUCGAAACGUUCGGGAGCCAUGCAGCCAUAAGUUCCAGCAUUUAUCAUUUUUUCGCCAACGUCGCAGUUGUCAAUAUUCGCGCCGCUACCGAAAUCCACAAGCUUUA